AUGGCGACCACGACAGUCCCGCCAGAGUUCCUGGCUCAACCAGCAAGCGACAUCAUUGUCGAACGGAUCAACUUCGAAGAUACAGUACUACCCCGCUACAAAGGCCUAUACGCAGUCAUCUUCGACAACGUCCUCACAGCCUCGGAAUGUAAGACCUUACUUAAAGCAGCAGAGGAGAGCAACAAUGGCGUCUGGGAGCGAGCCAUGAUUAACAUCGGCGGUGGCAAACAAAGACUUAUGGAAGAUGAACGCUGCUGCGGUCGCAUAAUCUACGAUAACCAAGACCUUGCUACUGCAGUCUGGAAGCGGAUCGAGGAUUUAUCUGACGUGCAGGAGAUUGUGCGUCUGGAGAAUGUACCCAAGAUCUUUGGCAAUGGUCCUGCGAAGCGCGGUGAAGUGUGGAGUGUCAGCCGCCCGAACGAGCGGAUGAGAUUCCUCAAGUACGUUGGCGGCGAGUACUUCCGCCCUCAUUGCGAUGGGUCGUAUGAGACUCCUGAUCACAAGGAGCGGACGUACUUCACGCUGCAUCUGUAUCUCAGUCAAUCUGAGGAGGGUGCAGAGCUGCAGGGUGGUGCGACGACAUUCCACAGCCUCGAUAUGAAGUCAAGACUGGAUGUGGUGCCGAAGGUAGGGAGGGUGCUGUUGUUCCAGCAUAGAGGAUUACUGCAUAGCGGGGAUGAUGUGUUGGGCGGGACGAAGUAUACGAUGAGGACGGAUCUGUUGUAUAGAUUGGAGAAGAAGGGAGAGGAGCCGAGUAAGGAGUUUGAGAUGAAGUUGGCGAAGGUCGGUGGCGCAGAGCCUCUGCAGAGUCGGAUGCAGAAGGCAAAAGAGUUCACGGUGGAGGUCGGCUGA